UUUAUUUCAUUUUUAAAUGUCAGGUCCCCACUGAAAGCCCUCAAAAUCCCAACAGACAUUCCGAUCCGGAAGCUAUUUUUCAAUAGACGACAAGCAGUGUGUUUUGGACUACCAAAAUUUAAUUCGUCCAGCCCGAUGCCGUACCACGACCGGGCCAAAGCCCGUUUGGAAAACGAGGUGGUUCUCCUGCGACGCGAGGUGGCCUCACUGCGCUCCAGGCAUAUCCAGCAUCGUAAGUAUCGACAGGAACAGGCGGUUCUACAGGCGCGCUUGGAGCAGGAGAUCCAGCUUCUACAGAGGGAACUAGCCGCAGCUCAAUUGCAUCGCAAUGAGCGGGAGUGCGGUGGAGCCGAACAGUGUUCCCGCUUAAACCAUCAGGUGGAGAAACUGGACGAGCACGUGGUUAAGCAGGAGAAGUACAUUGCCUUCCUGGAGGAGCAGAUCAAUCACACACGUAACAAGUACCAGCAACGGAUGACCGAUGUCCGGCAGAAUGCCGAACUGGUGGAAAAGGAGCUGAAGCGGGUGCGCCGCGAGAUUAAGGCCAUUACCGAGCAGGCUGGAGCAGUGGACAGCCUGCAGCAACAAGUGGGUUUCCUCAGCGCCAAGCUGGAUCGCCGGAACGCCAUCAUCUCCAAGUACGAAGCCCAGCAGGAUGAAAUCAUAACUAUCAUGGCCAGUCUCCAGAAGCAGAAAGAUAAAAUUAGGCGUGAUCAGAAGAUCCAUAUCUCCCAUGACGACAAAGCUGAUUCCAGUUCGCUGCCCUCUGAACAGCCACUUCUUCUAAAGCCGUGUCUACAGAAGACGAGUGAUCGAAAGAAACAGCGCAAGCAACUCAAGUUUCGCGAAGGUGUUAAGGAAGAUUCCAGCUCGACAGAUCCUGAUAAGCCACCAGAUUUUGAGGCGAGUCACAAGCCCUCAAAAAGCGCCUCCCUCAAGUUAGUCAGUCUAUCCUCUGCGCUGAGAAGUAAGUUAAGUAACCAGGAACAGCCAACUGUCGACCAAUGAUCUGAAGUCGUGCCCAUUUUCUGAUGGAUACUCAAAUUUAUGGUUUUUAGAUCAGCUUUUACCAAAAUUUCCUCUGUAACUGAAUA